CCUACUUUACAUAUAUUUUUUUAACAUAAAAUAAGGGUCGCUAUACACGUAUUGAUAAUUAAUAUUUAGAAAUAGCACAUGUUGGACAGACUAACGUAUGUUUAAUAAUAAUAGGUAUAAUCUUUUUGUUACAAAACCUGUAAAAAUUGUUGUAAAGUAACACUGCUCUACGGUAUUCUUCUUUACAACUUUUUUUCAAAUUCAAAAUCUUGAUAACCACACAAAGAGCAACUUUGAAUUGAAAUUACUACGUAUCUCUCAAAAUAGGUACUUUCAACAGCCGCAAUAAAAAAUAGUACCGUUGCUCGAAAGGCCAUAUUUUUGAAUGUUGUCUAUAAUCCUCAUUUUUUUUUAAAUCAGUAAAUACCUACCUACCUAUUUUUACUUUUAAAACAUAUCAAACCUGUAUUUUGUGACACUAAAGCGAUAUGUCACGUUUUUUUUUUUAAUUUAUACAUUUAAAGAAAAAAUAGUAUAAAUCACUCGGAAUAAAAGGCUUUUUACGACUUCUGAAAAAUUAAAGAAAACACUUUUUGGUCCUUCUACGUCUCGAAACUCAAAACCGCAUCACCGUUACCUUUUUUCUCGACUGCUUCUACCGCCUCCAGCUACCGUACCGUCACGUGGUGCGCACGCCAGCCAAUGGCGCCACAAUCCGUCCCGACUUCGCACUGGCAUCUAGCGUGCCGUUCUCGUCAAACCAGUUCUGAUCGAACCGUUCGCCCGGCAGGUACGCGACAGUUGAUAUGACACUUCUUACGUGAAAACGAGUUUCUGUGCAGCCGUGUGAUCGGUGUCCGUAAAAAUGAUGGAAGAUCCGACGCAAGUGUUGUUCACGGAGUUACCAGUGCCCUUGUUGUCCACAGCCGCGUUGCUGAGGCACCACCAUCAUACAAGGUACCAGCCGUACCAUCUUCCGCACAGGUUUCACAUACAAGAGUUCAUAGAGCCCUACCAAGAACCGCAAACUGAAUUGGACUCCGGGAAAACGAAUAUAAGUUGCUUGUAUCCGGAGAUAUUGGCGAUCAUCUUUAGCUAUUUGGACGUUAAGGAUAAGGGCAAAGUGGCCCAAGUUUGUACCACUUGGAGAGACGCUGCGUACCACAAGUCCGUUUGGAGAGGUGUGGAAGCAAAGUUGCACUUGAGGAGGGCAAAUCCCUCGUUGUUUGCUUCGUUGGUUAGGAGAGGCAUCAAGAGGGUGCAAGUACUGAGUCUGAGGAGAUCGCUUAGAGAUGUUAUACAAGGCAUCCCUAAUCUGGAAUCCCUCAACCUUAGCGGAUGUUACAACGUGGCAGACGUGGGCAUCUCGACGGCAUUCGUCUCAGACUGUCCAUCGCUCACCCAACUCAACCUGUCGCUGUGCAAACAGGUCACCGACAACUCUCUCAGCAGGAUAGCUCAGUACCUGAAGAACUUGGAGGUGUUGGAGUUGGGCGGGUGUUGCAACGUCACGAAUACCGGGCUGGUGUUGAUCGCCUGGGGACUGAAGAAGUUGAAGAGACUGAAUUUGAGGAGUUGCUGGCACGUCAGCGACCAGGGUAUAGGGCACCUAGCUUUAGGAAACCAAUCUCUGGAGUAUUUAGGACUCCAAGACUGCCAAAGACUUUCCGACGAAGCCCUCAAGCACGCCACGGGCCUCACCUCGCUGAAAUCCAUCAACCUUUCGUUCUGCAUCAGCAUCACGGACAGCGGUCUCAAACAUCUCGCCAAAAUGUCCAAUCUGCGCGAGUUGAACCUCAGGUCGUGCGACAACAUCUCCGACAUAGGCAUGGCCUAUUUAGCAGAAGGUGGGUCUAGGAUUUCUUCCCUAGAUGUGUCGUUUUGCGACAAAAUCGGCGACCAAGCUUUAACGCACAUCUCCCAAGGACUGUUCAAUUUGAAAAGUUUGUCGUUGAGUGCGUGCCAGAUAUCGGACGACGGUUUGGCCAAAAUAGCGAACACUUUGCACGAUUUAGAGACUCUCCAUAUAGGCCAGUGCAGUCGAGUGACCGAUAAAGGUUUAACGAACAUAGCCGAUUCGCUUACUAGAUUAAAGUGUAUAGACUUGUACGGGUGUACGAGGAUAACGACUGUAGGGUUAGAGAAGGUUAUGAAAUUGCCGCAAUUAAGCGUGUUGAAUCUGGGGUUGUGGCACGUCAGGUGAAACGCGUUCCUUUAGAUAGAUAUGCGAAUUUUGAAUUUUUUGGUGAAAGGAAAUUUUCGAAAUCUGCGAGGUGAGUCUGAAAGGUUCCACAAGAUUGCGGGUUUACAUGGUUUUGCGAUGUUCUAGAAUCUACUAGAAAGUACGUAAGACGGUUUGAAAUUGUUUAGAGCAAAUCUGUUCAUCAAAUCCAGCAUAAAAUAAUUUAUAGUUUUUCAUAUAUUACGCUUCAUAUAAAUUAUUGAACAUUGCAAAAUAAUUUUUUUAACAAAAUGGUUAUUUCUGGUACUUUUAGAGUUAAUAUUUCGCUGUCAGGAUAAAAAUUUCACUCUAUAUAUUUUGCUAAAAUUUUCGGCUGUUUAACAAUGUUUGAUAAAUUAACAUUAAAAAUCUUUUCAAAUAUUUAGCAAAAUGCUCGAAAAAUACGCAUUUUUAUAAUUUUACCAGUGGAUUUAUGCAUACAUAUUUUGGUAACUUUAAAUUUUAUGGACAAAAAAUUACAUUUUAGUAAAAUGUUCCUCAAAAACCAUAAGAUGCUAUGAAAAAAGCACGUUCUUAUUUUUAACUCUUUCUGCCAACUUCCGAUUUUUCGUAAUUCUCUUUAAAGCAGCUCAUAGAGAUUCGGAUUCUACUCAAUGAGACCUACAAAAGGAUAUAUCAUAAUAAAACAAACAAUUUUUAAUAUUUUCGGGCGCCAUAUUGGAUCUACCAUUUUGUAUUUCUAAUUUUUAGGGUCAUAUUCAAAAUCAACGAUUUUGAAAACCCUAUAGAAAUUCAUCAGGUUUCUUUUUUAUGCAAAACAAACAAUUUUUACAUUUUCGGGCGCCAUUUUGCAUUUACCAUUUUUAAUGUCAUAUUUAAAAUCAGUGACCCCAAAAACACCUUAGAAACCCUUCAGGCUUAAUUUUUAUGCAAAACAAGCCAUUUUUAAUAUUUCCUGGCCCAAUAUUAGAUCCGCCAUUUUGUAUUUCCAAUUUUUAAAGUCAUAUUUAAAAUUAGCAACCUUGAAAAAAAUUGUAACGAGUAACUUUUUCUGUUGGUAACGCUUCAAGAUAUCUAAGUUACUAACACUGUCACCUAUCGUUUGUUAAUCCGGGUAUUCGUUAUUACUGUCAUUUAUCAUUACUGUCAUUUGUCAUUAUUGUCAUUUGCCAUUACUAUCAUUUGUCAUUAUUAUCAUUUGUCAUUUCUCUUACACUAUAAAAAUCAUAACACAAGAAAUUUAAAUAAAUAAGUAGAACUUCUAUUUUCUUUUUGUACCAAAAGAAAAUCCUGUAUUAAUGGCAUUACUAAAUUCAUAUUCUAUACCACGGGAGGUACUCCUGCUCCACACUUUCUCUCCAAUUUACCCAUAUAGGCGUUAGUAUACAAUUAAAAAAAAACACUAAUACCUCAAAUAUACCUUUCUCUAUCACUACUUUUAGACUUUGCAAGACAGGCAUUAUAAAAUAAUUUAUCUCGAGUAUCGGCCCUAGAACAGAGCCUUGGAGUAUUCCAUGAUUUAAUUUGUUUUGAAAAGAUCAUUCAUUAGUUUACACCACAAAGAGUAAUGGUUCCAUCUUUUAAUUUUUUUAUAAAUAUUGUUAAAAAUGAUAAAAAGUAAUGGCUCCAGAAUAUAGCUUUAUGGUAUUCUAAGCUUUAUUUUUUGUAACGUCAUUAACACAGAUGGUAAAAAGUAACGGUUUCACAACAGAGUUCUGGGGUACCCCAUGCUCAGUAAAUACUUUUUUAUGCAAGAUAUACAUCUUAAAAUAGCAAACAUAAUUUAUAUAGAGUAUCGACUCCAGAACAGAUCCUUAGGCUACUUCAUGAUUUUUUCUAGAUCAGUAAUUUAGAUUAUAAAAAGUAAAGAUCCUAUCCUUUUAAUUCUUUUAGAAAUUCAAUUAGAUGAGAAAGGGUAACGACCCCAGAACAGGGCCUUAUGGUAUUCCCUAAGUACUUUAAAGAGUAACGAUCUCAGACCGGAAGUCUGGGGUACGCCAUGCGGUUUAGGUAUACCCAUUCUGAAUUUUACAGAUUUAAUUCUAUUAGAAAUAUCAUUAUUAUAAAUAAUACUUAAAGACCCAAGAACAUAGGUUUGCGGUAUCCCAUGUAUUAUUUUAUUUGUUAUUAAGGUAGAGGUAAAGAAGGGUCUCAGAACAGGUCUGAGGUACCUAUUAUGAAUUUUACAGAUUUAAAAAUCUUUUAGAAAUAUUAUAAAUGAUAAAAAGUAACGGCCCCAGAACAGAUUCUUGUGGUAAUCCGUAUGUUUUUUUUUUUUUCUUUAAAUGUCAUUAACACAGAUAGUAAAGAAUAACGGUCUCAGAACAGAGGUCCACGUUUUAUUUAUUUUGAUUUAGGUUCUUAUAUCGAUACUGAAUUUUACAGAGUUAUCAACAGUUAUAUUUUUUUGUUAUGACGGUAUUAGAAAUAAGAAUAGAAAAAAAGUUAGAAAUGAAAAAUAAAUUUCUUACUGGAUUUGUUGAACAAAUUUACCGAAUAUUAUAGACGAAUUUGAACGUCCAAAUUCUGAUUUUGUAUAACAUCGAUUUCCGUGGAUUCUUCCAAGACUUGUCUCGCUGUGAUUUUCCAAAUUUUGCGGCCGACAUUUUUUGCAUUCGUACGUUUUGGAUAAAUACAUUCCAAAAAAUUCCUAAAAUGCAAUUAAAGAUGGAUUUCUAGAGGAUGCGCAUUCUGAGCUGUGAUAGAUAAAAAAAACGAAUGACGUAAAAGUUAGAUUAAGCUGACUAUAUUUAGGUUUAUAUCAGGUAUACAAGAUUGUUGCUGGGAGAAACUUUGAUUGUAUCCACAAAAAAAAUUUAUAAGUAGGUAUAUGAAUAUUAAUGAGUCGCGCUGUUGCACCUUGAGGUGUCGUGGAGAUUUGAAAAGUUAGAAUGUUUAAUAUAAAUGCAAAUAAUAUAGUUUUUUUUACAAUCUUUCUAUUAAGAAUUAAGACCUUUCGUCGUUUAAUAUUGGUAAUUCAUGCCAUUUUACAAAUAAUUGUAGUAUUUGUUGUACUUUAUAUACAGUAAGAAUCAAAAAAGUAUUGAUUUUUGAAAAAAGUCAAAACUUGGUUAAUUUUGUUUUAAAAAUUCCUCACUUUUUGACAAAAUAUACAGGGUGAUGCGUGUUAAUGUAGCUACGUCAUCGGAAUUUUUUUUAAAGGCAAUUCCCAUUUUUUAAUUCAUAUUUUUGACACUACCCAAUUGCCAGGUUCGGCCUGAAAACAGAAAUAAACUAAAUAUUUCAAAAAUACAGGGUGUUUCAUAAGGAAUAAUAAAUAUUUCAACCAUCGAUUCAGUGCCUUAAAAUAUUAAUACUUAUUAAUACCAAAUAACACUGAAUCACAUGUUACC